GUUAACAUUAACAUCUACUGUCAAUGUCAAAAAAUGAUUGAAAAGGUGAUAUUUGUAGUUUUCCUGUUGAUUCAACUAUGCCCUGCAAACAGGACGGGCUAUUGUGGAGAAGUCGACCUACGCAACGCAAGAGGCAUCAUGGAAAUAGAGUACCAUCCAUCGGUAUCUUCUAUUUAUUGCAACUGGACCAUCCAUUCUGGUCCUGAAACGAUAACUACACUAAAAAUCCUCCACAGCGAGACCACGUGGUGUUACAAACACAACGAAUGCUGUCUUUUCAUCUCAAAUGGCAAAAGAAUGAUCAAGAGGCUUUGCAACGAAAAAAUAGACAAGCCUAAAGCCUUAUCAAUCAAAACCAACAGCCCAAUAUACGUUGUCCUUGAAGCUAAGCACAAUAAUCUAGAGCUCAUUCUCACUUACAUGAUCAGAAACAGCUCGGAAUGUUCUUAUAGUGACUACCAAUGUAACGAUAAAAGCAAAUGUUACAAUGAAAGUGUUAUGUGUACGGAUAGCUUUAUCUGUCAAGAUUAUUCGCAUAAUUUGGGGUGUGGGCCAUGUCAAUUUAACGCUAGUUUGUGCGACACUACAUAUAGGGUUUGCUUCGAUGACACACAAAGAUGUGAUGGAAUGGUACAUUGUCCGAAAGGGGAAGAUGAAGUGAAUUGUACUGAUAAGUGCGUAGGCAGGAUUAUGUGUGCCAACGAUAAUGUCUGCAUCAGCAAAGACCAAGUGUGCGACAGAAGUUUGGAUUGUCCAUCAGGCAUGGAUGAGCAGAACUGUGAUAACAUCAACCCUUCUAAAUCUAUCAUUAUUUUAACAUUAUUCGUAAUGUGCAGCUUGUGUAGCAUUCUAUUCAUUUGCUUAGUCUUCAGAUGGGUCACUUCCAGAAGGGAUAUGAACAGAUUGCUGAAUGAUCUUCCAGAGUUUCCGCUUGCUCCAUUCCAAGGUCCUGGUGAGCAAGAUCAAGACAGUACAAGCAGCGGAGUCUUCGGCGAAUCAGAAUUCCGUCAAGGAGGUGGAAUAUACGAAAGCUAUAUGAUGACUAUCAAGAAACGAAGCAUCUCCAAAUCUGUACAAGCUGGGGCAGGUAUUUACAACCAUAACGAGCUGGACGGUGAGAAUGAGUUGGUUGUUCUAGCGUCACUCAAUGUCCCUUUGGACUCUUGCGUCGGUCUGUCGAUAUCUAAAGACAACGCAUCAGAACUGGCUUCCAAGGGUAGUAUAAAGACCUCGAAAUACCUAGGGAAUUCUGAAGGCAGCACUUCAGAGACUUACUCUGUCUACUCACUGAUAUCCAAAGAAACUAAACCUAACACCUCUAAGAGCUCCUUAAUGACAAGAGACAGUGGCAAGUCAACGAAUGUUUCUUACACUCUAAAAGUACGACCUCCAUCUUCAAGGUCAUCUUCUACGUUGAGUGCUCCAAAAAGGAAAAAGAGUCCAGCUCCAAACCCUAGUAGGUCGACAGAUGUCUUUGAAAGGGCUCAAUCGAUGACUGUUAUUGACCCGAUAAUGAUGGAUUUGAUCAGACAGUUUGAUAGAGACGGUAGUGAAGCAAACAUGCCAAAAUCGGAAGGUAUGGCUUCAGAUGGCCAAUGGAUAGAUGUUGAUGAAGAUGCGGCUAUAAGUAAUAAGCCUAAAGGGAAUAAGGCGAAUGUUAGAAACAGAACAAGGAGUGGGAAGAAGGGCAUUUUGAAAUCCAGGCGUUUGCAGAGUUUUCGCUAAUAGUUUAUUUCUAUGGUUAUUCUAGUUUAAAUAUUUAUACUUAGCUAGACAAAACUGGAUGUAUCAAAGGUACAGGUUCAAAUAAAAAGUUAAAUGAGUGAACUGCCAUUUUCAAAACAGCUAGUAUAUAGGUUGAGUUUGAUUCUUUAAUAAAGC